UGCGUUUCAGUGGAUCUGGCAACCCGGGCUGUCAGCGCUCAGUUAAGGAACUCGUUAGUAAUGUGGCUUCAAAAUCUCACCAAUGCUUAAUCACAACUGCUCAUUUAUUAGCCGACGGUGUUAUUCAGCGGAUAAUUAAAGUAUUGAAAUUAAUUACUAGAAGCACUGUUCACGUUUCAGCGUAAAUAUCGAUUUAUCGAGCUGCGCAGAAUAAGGCCAGAUAGACUCUCAGAAGCUCUGCCUCUCCGAGAGGCUUGAAUUGCACAGAUGAUCAGAGAUCUUUGGCACCUGGAUGCAACAGUCUGAGUCGACGCUCCAUGACGUGCUGUGAGACCAUGUCGCUGCGGAACGUCACUAGUGAUCUUCUGCACAGGCAGAUCAGGGAGAAGAGAGCGCUGGACUUCCAGAGACACUAUCAUGUGACCGACCCGUUUAUAAAGCGUCUGGGGCUGGAGGCUGAACUACAGGGUCACUCUGGCUGUGUCAACUGUCUGGAGUGGAAUGAGAAAGGAGAUCUCCUAGCCUCAGGUUCAGAUGAUCAGCAUGCCAUCAUCUGGGAUCCCUUCCGGCACAAAAAGCUCAUCACUAUGCACACAGGACAUGCAGCUAACAUCUUCUCAGUCAAGUUCCUCCCUCACUCCGAAGACCGAAUCUUGAUCACAGGAGCCGCCGAUACCAAGGUGCACGUGCACGACUUGACGGCGAAGGAGACCAUUCACAUGUUCUCAGACCACACUAACCGCGUCAAACGGAUCGCAACGGCUCCCAUGUGGCCCAACACCUUCUGGAGCGCGGCUGAGGAUGGCAUCAUUAGGCAGUAUGAUCUGAGAGAGAGCAGUAAACGCUCGGAGGUUUUAAUUGAUCUGACGGAGUAUUGCGGGCAGCUUGUGGAAGCAAAAUGUCUGGCGAUCAACCCUCGUGACAACAACUACAUGGCUGUGGGAGCUAACGGGCCUUUUGUUCGGCUCUAUGACAUUAGAAUGAUCCACAAUCACAGGAAGUCUAUGAGUCAAAGUACCUCGGCUGGUGUUCACACGUUUUGCGACAAACGGAAAUCGAUACCGGAUGGUGCCGGACAGUACUAUGUCGCAGGUCACUUACCUGUGAAGCUUCCUGACUAUAAUAACAGAUUGCGAGUUCUGGUGGCAACCUAUGUUACAUUCAGCCCAGACGGUACUGAGCUGCUGGUAAACAUGGGUGGAGAACAGGUGUAUUUAUUUGAUCUGACGUUCAAACAGAGACCGUACACUUUUCUGCUGCCCAAAAAGUGCCAUCCAUCAUCAGAGGUGCAAAAUGGGAAAACCACCAACGGUGUGUCCAAUGGGAUUCAUUUACCUGCAAGCCGCCUUAAACUGGCUAAACUUACCAGUGGCUCUAAUGAUCUUCCUCCUCAUCUGGAGAGGAUCAAGCAACAGGCUAAUGAUGCGUUCGCGCGGCAGCAGUGGACUCAAGCCAUUCAGCUCUACAGUCUGGGCCUCCAUGAAGCCAGUCAAAAUGCUAUGCUGUACGGAAACCGUGCUGCUGCAUACAUGAAGCGAAAAUGGGAUGGUGAUCACUAUGACGCACUUCGAGACUGUCUUAAGGCCUUGUCCCUGAACCCAGGCCACCUGAAGGCGCACUUCCGUUUAGCACGCUGCCUCUUUGAGCUCAAGUACAUCGCUGAGGCUCUGGAGUGUCUAGAUGACUUCAAGGGCAAGUUUCCAGAGCAGGCACACAGCAGCGCUUGUGACGCCCUCGACAAAGACAUCAAGGCUGCCCUCUUCUCAAAAACAGAAUCCUCUGACGACAAAAAGGGGAACAGCUCCAUCCGCUUGCAUAAUUUCAGCCGGAAAGAGUCCAUCCCGGAGGAUGAGAUCGUUCUCAGAGAGCGAAGCUUCGACUACAAGCAUCGCUACUGUGGCCACUGCAAUACGACCACUGACAUUAAGGAAGCAAACUUCUUUGGAAGUAAAGGACAGUACAUUGUAAGCGGUUCAGAUGAUGGGUCGUUUUUCAUCUGGGAGAAAGAGACAACGAACCUGGUGCGGAUCUUACAGGGGGACGAGUCUAUAGUGAACUGCCUACAGCCGCACCCCAGCUACUGCUUCCUGGCCACCAGCGGUAUCGAUCCCGUGGUGCGACUGUGGAACCCAAGACCGGAGUCGGAGAAUGAGAACUGUCGGGUGGUGGAGGACAUGGAGAGUGCGGCCCAAGCCAACCAACGGCGCAUGAAUGCGGAUCCGCUGGAGGUGAUGCUGUUGAACAUGGGCUACCGCAUCACAGGCCUGAGCAGCAGAGGAGCCGAGGGCUCGGACGAAGACGACAGCUCGGAGGGCCAGGUUCAGUGCCGCUCUAGCUAGAACGCCGUCACGGACCUCCACACGCACCCGUCCCACAUUUGAGAAGAGGGCAAAGCACCUUAGAUAUUUACUUUUGCAAUUUCAGUUCUUCAACGUGACGCUGAGUGAAUGAAUGUCGCCGCUCCGCACUAUGCAGAAGUUGGAGAAGUGGGAAACACAAUCGCACAAUUCAAGUCAAGUCAAAAGCACUUACAGAUUAAUAUCCGCAAAAUCAUUUUAAAAAGCGCGCGCUAGAAGAGUGUUGGCGUACUGUCAGAUUAAAGCUUGUUUCCAAAGUCGCAAAGCGCUUGGGUCUUUCUAAUGCGGGGCUUGCUAUUGGACGCUGUUGGCCAUGAUAUUCUCAUUUUCUUUCUUUUCCCAAAUGAACUUAAUCAUCUUUAUGAGCGCCAGAGGACAGUAAAAAAUGAGUGUUAAUAAAAGUAUGUUUAUAGGUCUGCAGCACUUUCUUUUGGAAUAUAUUCUGGAAAAAUAAAUGGUGUUUAUGUUCGACCCAGACUUGCAUUGUGAAUGUUCAUCAAGUCGUGGUUUGCUGGGACUGAAAAAUUUUGUUGAUGAUGAUGAUGAUGUUUAUUGUCAGAUAUUUUGGAAGGAUUUGUUAUUAUUUUUUUACCUUUUUCUUCAUCGGCAUAAGCAGGAUGUCUGACUGUUGCCCUUUCAUCUUCAUAGAUGAACCUGAAAAGAGAUGAUAAAACAAGAAUAAAGAUGCGGAGAGGGACUUUUCGCAAAGGUUAUAACUUGCUAUGAGAAGACAAGAUUUAACUGCAGUUAAAAGAAACAGAAUUGGGUUUAUUUUGGGAUAUGUGUGUGUUUGUUUCACUGUGUUCAUCUUUUGAGAUUUCAGAACAGUUUAGUGCAACAUUUAAAAAAAUAAAUAACAUUUCUGUU